GAGUGGAAAAACAUGGCUUCGAGACAAGAAACUAAGAAAGGAAGAGCUGAAGCAGGUGCACAGAAAGCAGCGGAUGAACUUCAUGACGUAAAUAAGGCUACGAGUGAAAAAGGUAGCACGAUGCACGAAGAACCGCCAUUCAAUCAAGGGCAUGAUCAGGGCAGUGCUGGAGUAAUUGGAGGUAUAUUUAAGUCGGUUAAAGACACGAUUACUAGGAAGGCUCAUGACAUAUCCGACACGACAAGAGAAAGUGAGGAUGUUGCAGCACAGAAGAUUCAUGGACAAAAUGAGGGACCAAAGGAACUAUAUGAAGAAACAGAGGACAAUGCAAGGAAAAUGAUGCAACAACUUAAGCUCAAAGAGGAAGGAAUCCACGAUGAGGCUCGACAAAGAGCUGAGGCCGAUAGAGAAACAGCAGCGGCUAGGGGAAGCGCGGCAAAAAAGAAUAUCUAUAGUGCAAUGGGGAAUCUAACAGGUUCCAUCAAGGAGAAGUUAACAAUGCCAAGUGACAUAGUAGAGGAGACGCGCGCAGCACGUGAGCUGGGUGGACCGAAGAGGGGUAUGAGGACGGAUGUGGAUGAGGGGACUCCUGUUGCUCGAUCAGGUUUCGUUUUCACAACUGCGAGGGAUGACACAAGUUCAUAGGCAAAGAUUUUAGCUUAUAGAAUGUAAUUAAUGUACAGGUGUUCGUUAUCUCUUGUAUUUAGAACAAUAAAAAAAUAAAGAUUUACUGUAUGGCCUGAUAUUUUCAGGUAAAGAUCUUACAAAGCUUAACCUUUAUG